CGCCUUUUUAGUAUCCUUACGUUUCAUCUUAUCAAUGGUUUAUGAUUCGUCGUUCCUGCUGACUGUGAAGGAUCGCGUAACAGAAAAACUUAAGACUCUUGGUGCAUUCAUUGAUGAUGAACUUCCGGAUUAUAUUAUGGUUAUGGUUGCGAACAAAAAAAGUGAAAGCGCUAUGGCUAAAGACUUACAGUUGUUCCUGGGUGAACAUACCAAUAAGUUUACUGAAUGGCUCCACCAAACGCUUGAAAACUUAAAAGUUAUAGGUCGUGACUCUAGUGGUGGACGUAGAGAUAAUGAAAGUGUGCGGUCUUCACGAUCAAAGUCUGGGCGACGGAAGGGUCGUAAAUCACGUUCGUCUGAAUCUCGCAGUGAUUCUCCCAAGUUCUCGAACCGUUCUAGAUCGAGGUCGCCUUUAGAACCAGUUAAACAUGGUAGAUAUGCUAAUAGUUCCCGCGAACCGCACGCGGAAGUAGAUGGCAGUGUAAAGGCAGCAGCAGGUGAGAUGAAUUAAUGUGUAAACACGUUGUAGAUGUAUAUAUUUCCGAGGAUAAUGGGUCUUAUCAUAUUAAAGAAGAGCGCAAAAUCAUGUCCACUUCUUCCUUAUCCCGAAAGUUAGUUCAAGAAAGUGAGAAUAAUUCAGAACUAUCGGAUAAAGUUAGCAGCCUGCAAUCAGUUGUUGAGGUGAAAAACUCAGAUAGUGUUAAGCAUGUGAGAACAAAACAAGAGUAUCCUCAACCAUCAAGUUUGCUGCUUAAAAGAGCUGUGAAUGAAGCUAAAGCCAGCACGAUGGCAACUGAAUCUAGUUUGCACACUCCAGCAAAACGAAAACCAAUCGCUCGACCAAUAGCUUGUUCUGAUGUGUCGUCGUCUUCACAGCCUGAUUCUACAAGGUUUUUCAUUACGUUAUCUGGUGCCGAACCUAAAUCCACACAAAUGAUUACUUCUCCUAAACUUCGUAAUUCUUCAACAGUUGGUCGCUUGCGUUCUGUUGGGUACUUCGAUCAGACAGAUGUACUGAAUGACAGAAAACUUCAACUGGGUCCACGCUUAGUAAAUACUAAAUCAUUACAUGGGGAAGGUAGAAUAAGUGCUAAACAUCGCCUUGGCCCUGUUAUUCAAUCCAAUGGACGCGUAGUUAGUUUAUCUCGAAGUGAUGAAAAUUUCGAAUACAAUUCAGGGAAUGAAUUUGACGAUUUUGUUGAAGGUGACUACGUAGAAUUAGCAUGUGACGAUGCAUUCGGAAAUGAUGGAAUCGGUGAUGAAAACCUACAACUCAAAGGAAACUAUGUACCCUUGUCAAAAAUAACCCUAGCCGAUAAAUUAAGUCAACCAACACCACAAUUAGUGGUGAAUUUGAAUGAAACAGAUGAAGAAGAAGAUGUUACCGGUUUUUUGGCUGGAGCUGAAAGACAGAAGAAAAACAGCUCAAUCAAACAUAAAGAAAAGAUACAAAAUGAUAUUACCACAGAAUCGAAAGCUCAACCAAAUAUUCCAAGCUCAUUGGAGCGUUGUAAAUUCUGGCCUAAUUGUCGCAAUGGUAGUUCCUGUCAGUACAUUCAUCCCACAGAACCAUGCCAGUUGUUUCCACGAUGUAAAUUUGGAGCAACAUGUACAUUUGUCCAUCCACCAUGUCGUUAUGGAGCAUUAUGUAGUCGCCCUGACUGUGCUUUCACACAUUCAUCGAAAAAAGUAUUGCCUGUCGUAUCUGCCAACCCAGCUCAAAUAGUAUGCCGUUUUCAAAACAGAUGUACAAAUCCCCAUUGUCAAUUUUAUCAUCCACCUGUUGUUGUUCAAGCCCCUCCAAUCAUUGUUCGAAGUUCAGCUUCAACUGUCCCUGUUUUCAAUAGCCAAAUCCCAUGUCGAUAUGGUUCUGGUUGUACUAAUCGUACUAAAUGUCCUUUCCUUCAUUCUGAUUUACCCUCAGUUGAUCAACUUAAAUGGAUUGCACCUUCCAAGAAACAACAAUCAUCCAAUCCGAUUUCCACAAAGGCAAACUCUACAGAGAAAGUAGUUAAGCCUGUAACCACGCUUAAAGAAUAAUGGAUUAGUUGUUAUUAGUGUUAUCGACUAAAGCUUUCUUAAAGACUAUUAGUUAACAAUAUCGUGUUUUGUCAUGCAUUUCUGCUGUUUAUUUUUUUCAAUUUUAAUAAUAAAUAAUUGGGAGCUCGUAGUGUU